AUGGAUGACGAGACACGUCCCAGCGAGGAUGCCGACCCGGCCCACGCGUCCCGCGUCAGGGACACGCUGCGGGAGCUCCGGGAAAAGGUCAAGGAGCACGAGGCAGCGCUCGCCCAGUUGCGGACCGCCGUGUCGACUACGAGCCGCGCGGGUCAGGCGCAUCCUGCCACGGCACCCUGGGAGAUCAUGGGGGCAGCCUAUGACGAACUAGCGUCGCAGGCGCCGUUCUUGCCGUUCCCCGACUCCGUAUUGCCAGCCCUGUUGGCUCUCCGCAAGACGCACCAGAAUGUGGAAGAGACGAGGGCAUACUUGGCAUCUCACAAGGACUCGGUCGAAAAGACGCGGCAGCGACUGGAGGUCGAGAAGUCCAACCUCGAAGACCAGAAAGCCCUUUCUCAGAGCCUGCGCAACCGUAUACAGUCGCUGCAGGCCGGCCUCGAAAGCCGGAUGGAGAUGGGGCCGGAGGACAUCGUCGCUGAGCGGAUCCAAGAGCUGAAGCAGAAGAAGAAGUACUACGACGGAGAAAUAUCCACGCUGCUCAAGGCGCUCCGGAAAUUUUUCGACGAACACCUGGCGGGCAUGCUCGCCGCCGAAGAGCUCGGAGGCCCCGUUGUGGGUGAUAUCAUGGACGUCGACGGCGACGAUCUCGCCGCGGGGUUUAGCUCCCAGGGAAAGCUCAAGAAGGCCAAGGAGAACCCGGAUCAGGACAAGCGGCAGCGGCGCAUCGACGAGAUCUGGGGCCAGGCGGCGAGGGCGGAUACGGGGGAGCGAGACGAGAUCUCGGCGGCGGGCGCGGAGAUGCGCAAUCUGACGGAGGAGCUGCUGAACAGCCUCGCGCAGUCCGAGGGCGACAGCUCGUCUGCCUACGUUCAGCUCGCCAGGGAGUCGGCGGCUGCGAGGUUUUUCGUGAGAUCGAAGGUUGCGCAAUUUCACCCGCGCGACUCGGCGAAGCUGCGGCUCGUCGACUUUGGCAAGGAGCUAGACGAGUGA